AUGCCAGUGGGAGUUAGCGUUUGGAACGAAAAUAUAUUAUCAUCAUCAAAGAAAACUGCUGAAAAAGAAAAUGAACAAGAACGAAAGAAAAGAGAAGUAUUUUACAACUUUUCUUCUGGAUGUAAAACGUUUCUACAGAUGGCCUGUGUUGGAGCACUAUUGGCCGGAAUUGGUCUAGCAGUGGUGUUGACAUUGUAUCUGUCUCAACAAUCCUAUAACGACACGGUCAACAACACGAGCACUGGUGUAUCAACCACAAGCAUCUCUUUCAGUGCAGUAACUACUGCAACGACUUCGAGUUCGACUUCGAGUUCGACUUCAAUUACCAGUUCUACAACAUCUGUUACUAUUACAACAACUGCAGCAACUGUCACAAUUACAUCCAAUACAUGCACAUCAGGAUGGCAAGGUGUCACCAUACUCUAUCAUUGCCACAAUAAUUGUACUGGUCAUAGUUCUUACCUACAAUAUACAUAUUCCUAUGUGGCCAUUGCCAAUACAACACGAAUUACAUUUGUUUUUCGCGAUGAUUCUGAUUAUUUUGCGCUUGAUAACAUAACCAUAUGGGACAAUGCAGCUCCCAGCACGCAAUUAAUUAGCAAUGGUGACUUCGAGACCGGCAAUAUUUCAUCAUGGGCCUAUUGUAAUCCAAAUGUUGCAUCGAAUGCUGGCGAAGUGCAAUUCGGAAGCACCGCUUAUAAUGGCUACACGUAUACGCCUUAUUCUGGUAUGUAUUUUUAUAUGGAUGGUUCGGUAGGCGCUCCCGAUUAUCUCAGUCAAACAUUUGCGACUACAAUCGGCAGUACAUACAAUAUAUCUUAUUGGUUAUACAAUGGAGCCGGUGGUACAGGAGUUAGUGUUGAUGUCAUAAUGAGCGUUUAA